ACUCGGUGUCCCAGCAUGGCGCGGACCCGGAAGGCCGGUGCCGAGAGGGCGUCCCGCCGCCGCCCGGGGCGCGCAGGCGCAGCGCCCCUGUUUGUCGGCGCCUGAGAAGGGAGGAGGGACGGUCGAAGGCUGGAAGCCAGGCCGAGCCGGAGCUGAACCUGCCGUGACUCGGGCCCGGAACUAGGCUCCAGCCCCGCGCGGACCGGGCCGUGCGACCUCGGCGCGGAUGGAGCAGGCCCGGCCCUGAGACCAACGGCAGCCCACCGGGCCUGGCUCGGGGCCCACCGGGCGGGCAGGCAGGCGGGCCGAAGCCGCCCAGGGCUUCCCCUCCGGUCCCGGGCGACGGGCCUAGGCCCCGCCCCGCUCCCAGGCCCGGCCCGGCCCGGCCCUUUGGAUCCGGAGUCCGCCCGGCCCGGAGUGGGGCCUUCGCCGGGGCGGGGCCACAGGCCGGUGACUAGGCCGGGCCCGGGCCUCCCGUCGGGGCCGGAGGGGGACGAGGCCCCGGGGAGGCCCCUAGCCCACCAGACGCGCCGCCCAGGCCGCCGCCCGCCGCGAAGAUGCAGCGCGCCCUGCCCGGCGCCCGCCAGCACUUGGGGGCCAUCGUGGCCAGCGCCAGCGUGGUGGUGAAGGCCCUGUGCGCCGCGGUGCUGCUGCUCUACCUGCUGUCCUUCGCCGUGGACACGGGCUGCCUGGCGGUCACCCCGGGCUACCUCUUCCCGCCCAACUUCUGGAUCUGGACCCUGGCCACCCACGGGCUGAUGGAGCAGCACGUGUGGGACGUGGCCAUCAGCCUGGCCACGGUGGCGGUGGCCGGGCGCCUGCUGGAGCCCCUGUGGGGGGCCCUGGAGCUGCUCAUCUUCUUCGCGGUGGUGAACGUGUCCGUGGGGCUGCUGGGGGCCUUCGCCUACCUCCUCACCUACAUGGCCUCCUUCAACCUGGCGUACCUGUUCACCGUGCGCAUCCACGGGGCGCUGGGCUUCCUGGGCGGCGUGCUGGUGGCGCUGAAGCAGACCAUGGGGGACUGCGUGGUGCUGCGCGUGCCGCAGGUGCGCCUGAGCGUGCUGCCCAUGCUGCUGCUGGCGCUGCUGCUGCUGCUGCGCCUGGCCGCGCUGCUGGCCGGGCCCGCGCUGGCCUCCUACGGCUUCGGGCUGCUCUCCGGCUGGGUCUACCUGCGCUUCUACCAGCGCCACAGCCGCGGCCGCGGGGACAUGGCCGACCACUUUGCGUUCGCCACCUUCUUCCCCGAGAUCCUGCAGCCCGUGGUGGGGCUGCUGGCGAGCGUGGUGCACAGCCUCCUGGUGAAGGUGAAGAUUUGCCAGAAGACGGUGAAGCGCUACGACGUGGGGGCCCCGUCCUCCAUCACCAUCAGCCUCCCGGGCACGGACCCCCAGGACGCGGAGCGGAGAAGGCAACUGGCCCUGAAGGCCCUCAACGAGCGACUGAAGAGAGUGGAGGACCAGUCCGUCUGGCCGAGCAUGGACGAUGACGAAGAGGAGGCCGGGGCCAAGGUGGACAGCCCUCUGCUCUCAGACAAGGCCCCCACCGUCCCAGGGAAAGGGGCUGCCCCCGAGUCCAGCCUGAUCACCUUCGAGGCAGCCCCCCCGGAGCUGUAGCUCCAGACCUCCUGCUCUCCCACUCAACACCUCCUCAGCGCGGAGGAGCGGGAAGAUGUCCGCCGGGGGUCUCCGCGGCCUCCGCUCUCUCGCCAACACUACCCAGGACUCCUGCUGCCUGGUCACAGCUCCGACAACCACUAUGUCAGGACCAGCGGCCGAGGCUGCGAGGUAAGGCUGCACCUUGGCAGGCCGCCCAAGCAAGUGGCAGCGGGGACACUGGUGCCGCAGCCUCCGGCACCCCUCACACCUGCUCCGGGGGCCGAGGGCCCUGAGCCAAGGCAAGGAUUUGCCAAAACGCCCUGGGGGUCCAGCCAGUGUGGGAGCCAGCACAGGGCUGCACCUGCCCCCGAGGACUGUAUUCACCCGAGACCCCAUUCCCUCCGCUGCGGCCGCUGCUCCAGCCCGGAGCUGCCGGCUCCCAGGGUUUUCUACGACCACUGAGCGGGCGGGCGGUGGCGGGCCCAGCGCGGUGUCAAUAAAGAGUUCUUUGCGGUAUG